UGCCAUGGCAACGACUAGAGCGUCAACAUGUCCGGAGGAGCGACACGUCGUGAAAAGAAAGAGCUACCAAAAGUAAAGGACAACAAGCUUCAGAAAGAGGAAGCUGUCUUCCUCCAGUGGGAAGCGAUGACACAGCAACAAAUCCAAGACCUGCUGAAUAAAACAGGGGAUGAAGUUCAGUCGGAAAUGAAGGACAUUCUGGGCUUCAGGAACCAUCAGACGUGUAUGAAGGAAUCUGCACUGCUGGAUUUCUAUGUCUGUGGUUUCUGGUGGGCAAAAGAGGCCAACUUCACCCCCCGACAGACCUCCUUCCUCAUGGCUAUACUGCACAUGCUGUUGGAUAACAUAAUAGAGAAACGGAUGGUUUUAGUGGAGAACUUGAUGGAGUUUGCGAAGGCCUUAGGUGCUGCCUGCCAGUGCUCGUCUUCAGAGGAAGACACAACUUCACUUCUAGACAAAGAAGAAGCCAUGGCACUCAUAAGUUACAUCAGAAACAGUCUGUUUCAAAAAUACAGACUCUAUGAGUUUGUCUUCACCACACCCAGAGAGGAGCUACUGACAGGCACGGAGAGGACGAUUGAGAUGUUCAGCUGCCAGGAUGCCCUCACUCCACUGGAGGAAAGCAUUUCCACUCAGCUCUACUUCCAAUAAAGAGCUCUGCCUGGUAAACAGGUGAUGAUGGACAGCAUCAGUGUGGGCUGUGACUUGUGAUUCCUUUGUUGUCCCAAGUAGGGUGUUGUCUUUCUGUAGAAUCAGAGUAUAUAAGCAGUCCAUAUUUCAUCUUUGUUUCUGUACUAUUGACACAAUAGAUUUAUUUUUAAGCACAAUCUCCUUAUUUGCACUACAGAAAGAAAACAAAA